CUAAUUGUUGUGCAGAUGUCAUCUUCCAGGCAGGCAUGAGGUUGUAGGCUUUAAAAAAGCUGAACUGUCGUUUGCUACCAGCCUUCUCAACUGGUGGCAAUGUCUCGUGGGGCUGGUCUCUCCACUGCUGCCAGACUCAACCUGCUGCUCUUGGUGGUCUCUGCAGUGUUCUCCUGGUCAAGCCUAAGCGACAGAGUGCCUGAGUUUGCCCUUACUAAAAUAGAAGAGAGCGACAUAAAAGAUGACAGUGGGGAAGAGGCGGUAGCAGAAGAUGAUGUUGAUCCAGAAGACCUGGAAGUGUUUUACCCCACACGUCAGUGGCAGACUCUCCGUCCAGGUCAAGCUGUUCCUGCAGGGUCACACGUACGACUGAACCUGCAGACAGGAGACAGAGAAGUCAAACUCCCAGACAGUGAAAAUGGGAAAAGUGAUACAAGAAAAGAGAGAAGAAAAAGGCUGGGCAAGGUGGAUAUUGACUCAACUUCAUUCACAUCUCAGGAGCUCAAAAAGGCACUGGCUAAAAUGAAGGAAAGUGAGAAGGCAGAACGAAAGGCCCAUGAAGAAGAGGUGAGGAAGAAGUUCCGGCCCAUCGAGCAGCUGAAGGAGGAGUUUGAAAAGCUGAACGUGAAGAUGGAGACAGAUUAUGAAAUUAUGGUGAAAUUAAUCAGCAAAUUCAACAGCUCUGCCUCGACGCUGGAUGAAAAAGUAGCGGCGCUUUAUGAUCUUGAAUAUUAUGUUCACCAGGUGGACAAUGCUAAGGACUUCCUCUCCAUGGGUGGACUCCAGCUGGUGAUCCAUGGGCUGAACAGCACCGAGCCCACGCUGAAGGAGCACGCUGCCUUUGUCCUGGGCGCCGCGCUGUCCAGCAACCCCAAAGUCCAGAUAGAAGCCAUCGAGGGGGGGGCACUGCAGAAGCUCCUGGUGAUCCUGGCGACGGAGCAGCCCCUGCCUGUCAGGAAGAAGGCACUCUUCGCGCUCUCCUCCAUGCUCAGACACUUCCCCUACGCCCAGCAGCAGUUCCUCAAGCUCGGCGGCCUCCAGGUGCUCAGGAGCCUCUUCAGGCAGAAGGGGAUGGAGCCCCUGCACGUCCGUGUGGUGACGCUGCUCUACGACCUCAUCAUGGAGAAGAUGCUGCUGGAGGACUCGCAGCACGGGGACCACCUGGAGGAGAGGCUGCAGCAGUACCGGCAGGUGCAGCUGGUGCCGGCGGUGGUGGAGCAGGACUGGUGUGUGGUGGUUUCCAACCUGCUGGCCAUGCCGGAGCACGACAGCCGCGAGAAGGUCCUCAAGAUGCUGGGGGUGCUGAUGGCCUUCUGCAGGGAGCGCUACCGGGGGGACCCGGCCCUCAGCACCGCCCUCGGCCUCCUGCGCAGCGAGUACGAGGAGCUGGCGGCGGAGGAGCAGCGGGAGGGGGACAAGGACGGGUACUUCAGGGAGCUGCUGGGCUCUGUGAACACCAUCAUCCAGGAGCUGAGCUGAGAGCAGCCCCGGGCUCCCUCCGCUCCAGGCACUUCAGGGCACCAGUGGCAGUCUGCAUGGCACCGGUGUAC